AUGGCAGACGUCGAUGACAAGAAGGUCCCUAGGGACGGCAUAACCACGCCUCAGAAGGAGACUGACUCCUCGUCGCUCAAGACUGAGAGGCUGGAGCAGGCCCCUGGAGCCGAUGACUACCUCGACCCAGCCGCAGAGCGCGGCGUCCUGCGAAAGAUGGACAGGCGCAUCAUCCCCAUGGUGAUGUGGGUAUAUCUGAUGAACAUGAUGGAUCGAGUGAACAUUGGGAAUGCUCGUCUCUUUGGCAUGGAGGAUGAACUGGGACUCAGCGGCAACGAGUUCCAGCUUGCGGUCUCGAUUCUGUUCGUCACCUAUUGUCUAUUCGAAGCUCCCUCAAAUAUGAUCAUCAAGAAGAUGCAGCCAGCCCGUUACCUGGCCGGUCUCACCCUCGCAUGGGGAAUCAUUGCCACGUUCAGCGCGUGGGUCAACAACCUUGGUUCACUCAUCGCCUGCCGUCUUCUUUUGGGCCUGAUGGAGGCUGGGUUCUUCCCCGGUGUUGUGCUGUACCUCUCGAUGUUCUAUGGACGAAAGAGCCUGGCCCUCCGCAUCGCCUGCUUCUACUCGACCGCUGCCCUCUCCGGUGUCGCUGGCGGCCUGGUCGCCUACGGCAUCAGCUUCAUGGAUGGCGCCUCGGGAUGGCGCGCCUGGAGAUGGAUCAUCCUCAUCAACGGCGCUCCCACCAUCGUGACCGGCAUUGUUAUCCCCUUUGUCCUCCCCAACAGCCCCAAAACGGCCAAGUUCCUCACCAACGAGGACAAGGAGACCCUACGUCGCAUCCACGAGACGCAGAUUGGCAAGGCUCACAACUUCCGUCAUAUCGUCAAGUCCGACGUGAUGGAUGGUGUCAAGGACUGGACCACCUGGGCCUUCUGCUUCGCUCUCUUCCCUCUGCUCACCAUGCUCUACUCCUUCGUCGUGUUCCUUCCCACCAUCAUCAGCGACAUGGGUCAGUGGGAUUCCGCUGUUGUUCAGGCCAUGACCGUCCCCGUCUACGCCGUCGGGGCCAUCGUGUACAUCACCUUUGCCUACUUCAGUGACAAGACACAAUGCCGAGGGUUCUUCAUCAUGGCGGGCAUUGUCUCCUCUAUGAUCGGCUACGCCAUGCUGCUGGCCAACGCCGGCAACGGCGUGUCGUACGCAGGGACCUUCUUCGUUUCCGUCGGCAUCUUCGCCGCCGCGGGCAUCUCCUUCGCCUGGGUGCCCACCAACAACCCUCGGUACGGGAAGCGUGCCUUCUCUACCGGCAUGCACCUAACCAUCGGUAACUCGUCCGGCGUCGCCUCCCCAUUCCUCUUCGCGUCCAAGUACAGCCCCACCUACCGGCCCGGGUACGCCGCCAGUAUGGGCAUGCUUUUCUUCUCCCUCCUGCUCAACAUCAUCCUCACUUGGCACUUCAACCGCCAGAACAAGCUGCGUGACGCAGGCAAGCAGGAUCACCUCAUGGAGGGCAAGACAGAGGAGGAGAUUGAGGCGAUGGGCGAGCGCAGCCCCAGGUUCCGCUUUGCUAUUUAA